AUGAUUGAAAGGGAUUUUGGGGAGUUUUCGGGUUCUAAGGAUGAUUUAUACAAAAUACUUGGAGCACAGAGAUCUGCUUCAUAUGCGGAAUUGCGACGAUGUUAUUUAGAACGAUCGAAAAUAUGUCAUCCCGAUAAAAUUCCCUUUCAUCCACUUUCCACUCGUGCAUUUCAACGUCUAGCCUUCGCAUUCGAAAUCCUUAAAUCUCCUUCCUCUCGUCAAGCAUACGAUUCCACAUCUCCUUUAUCGUCUUCAACCGCCGCCUCUUCGCUACCCACCAAAUAUCCUUCUCCUUCUCUAGCCUCCGACAAUCUAUUCCGAACCACAGUCUCAUCACUCAUUCAUGAUUUUCUCACCGGCGAUUUCAUCACCAUUCGCUCUCUCCUCUCUUCUCUCAAUUCACAAUAUCCGCAUCUCAUCAAUACCGAUGUAACUUCUUCUAUUGAACUGGCUUUUAUAAAAGUAAGAGAAUUGGUGAUGAGAGGGAGGAUAUGGGCUUUACUGAUAUACAUCGAGAUGGGAAGGAUAUGGAGGGUUCAGAAGCGAUUAAGAAGUUUAGGAAGAUGGGAUUUAGUGGGAAAAGCUAGAUUGAUGGCUUUGUUAAUAAGAGUUGUGGUAGCAGUACCGGUUAGAAUUGAUAGAGCUCUGAAAGAACGAGUGGAAAAGGAAAGGAGGGCAAAAAAAGUGGAAUUAGAAGCGGAGGGAUUGGGUGAUGAGUUGAACGGGGAAGAGUGGGUAAAAGGUGGUAUUUUAAACGAGAGGAUCUGUAAAGUAUUAGAAUUUAUUAUCGGAGAGGCUGGUAAGGAUGAAGAGGGUGAAAGGGACGGUGUUCGGAUUUGA